AAACAUUCGACCAGAAACUCUGGUCUGCAGCUUAAUACUAAAUAAUUAAUAUUUAUCUGUGCACUUUUUUUUCACUGAAUCUACAUCAUGGGAAGCCAAGGCUAUGGGUAUAGUUCUACUCAAGGUGAAUUUUCAUCUUUGAAAAAUGAAAGAAAACCAAAGGCAGCUGGAAUACUGCGUAUCAUGCCUUGUACCGUGUCCCAGCUCCUGUCAGCCAGAGAACACAGAGACUCCUUCAUCCUCCGAGACGUGGAACUCAACCAGGUGUCCGUGUUGGGUGUGAUCAGAAGGACCAAAAUGAAUCUGACCCAUCGUGUGCACUCUGUGGAUGAUAUGACCGGCCCGCCUCUGGAUGUCAAACACUGGAUGAAUAUCCAGGAUGUCAAUAUGAAUCAUCCGGUUAUUCCUAUUGGGACGUAUGUCAAAGCAGUGGGAACCCUACGCUCCUUUCAGAACCACAGGAUUCUGGUAGCCUUCAACGUCCGCCCUCUGCACGACAUGAAUGAGAUCACUUCGCACAUGUUGGAGGUGGUUCAGGCCCAUAUGCAGAGUGACAGCAGCUUAUGUAACAGGGCAAUACCCACAUCUGCAACUGAUCCAGCCACCGCUGGGUUUACAGCCAAUCAGAAGCAGGCGUUUACUUUGAUCAAGAGCUGUCCUUUGGCCGAGGGGAUCAGCACAGAGUGCCUGGGGACUGCACUCAAAAAUCUCUCUUCUCAUGACAUCAGGGCAGGUAAACCACCACCUGGACUCCAUUUGGAUGUAGUUAAAGGAGACAAGUUGAUCGAGAAACUAAUCAUUGAUGAGAAAAAGUUCUACUUGUUUGGGAGGAACCCAGACCACUGCGACUUCACGAUAGACCAUCAGUCAUGCUCACGUGUGCAUGCGGCACUCGUCUAUCACCGCCACCUCAAGAGGGUCUUCCUCAUCGACCUCAACAGCACCCAUGGCACCUUCUUGGGCAGAAUUCGCCUGGAGCCCCAUAAACCCCAGCAGGUGCCCAUCGACUCCACUAUGUCAUUUGGGGCGUCCACACGAGUGUACACGCUGAGAGAGAAGCCGCAGACGCAACCCAGUGCCACAGCAGGCGACGGUGGUGUGGAAGACGAGGAGCUGAAAGGACUGCUCGGUUUACCGGAGGAAGAGACGGAGCUCGAUAACCUGACCGAGUUCAACACGGCACACAACAAGCGUAUAUCUACUCUGACCAUCGAGGAGGGCAACCUGGACAUCCAGAGACCCAAAAGGAAGAGGAGAAGCUCUCGUGUGUCCUUCAGCGAGGACGAGGAGAUCAUUAACCCUGAGGAUAUUGACCCAUCUGUUGGCCGUUUCAGAAACAUGGUACAGACCGCAGUCGUACCCUUAAAGAAGAAGAAAUCUGAGGGCCACAGCGCUCUGGGUGUGGAGGACAGCGCGGUGCGCCGUUUCCAGAACUUCCCUCUCAGCCCAGGCCUUUAUGGAGAUCUGCCUCCUGCCAGUCAUGAGCAGACGAACAGCCAGGACACCGAGCACCAGGGAGGCUCUGCCAUCUCGAGCAGCCUCCCUCUGCCCUUCCCCAACCCGGCUCCAGAAGUGGAUAUCUUCACCUCGACAGCACAACCGGCAGCCAUGUUGAACCCAAGCCCCGCCCCCGGAACGUUCACGGCCGAGUCCGGGAAUGAGCCACGCAAGAAAAAGUACGCCAAGGAGGCGUGGCCUGGAAAGAAACCCACUCCGUCGCUACUCAUCUGACUUUCAUGAACGAACGGUUUGCAUCAGAAAGUGAGCGUCAUUCAGUAUAAUUCCCAGCUCAUGUUAUAGCAGAGGAACCAGAAACUUGCAUAAAGAUCUUUCAUGCUAUUGUAGGUUCUCUGUUGAGGUGUUUUCCUGCUUUCAUGGACGUAUAGCCACAUGUUAGUGCAGAUAACGGCUCAUCAUUCGAAUAGCAGACAACUAAAAUCAGUAGAUUAAUUCACACACUAAUAAUUAGAUCUAACUCGUCUCCUGAGUCGUAACCUUUCACCUUCAUGAGCACCAACGUCCGCACGAGCGACGGGCAUCCGAGGGGCUUUGUGUGUUUUUAUAUUUUUAUAUCUGUUAGAAAAAUAGUUUGUGCAGAGAAAAACGAUUGUAGGAAUUCCUAACGGUCUUUAUUUAUCUAAUAAACAGGAUUCCUUUCUAUAAGCACGGAUGUGUGGGAUGAAAAUGGAGACGGUUCCUGGAAGUUGAGCCGGACGCCUAUUCCCUCGAGGCACCUCGCUCCUCUAAUGGCUUUUCUUUCUGUGCCAUUUUGAAAAUGGACCAGUUAUAAUUUAUCCUGAGGUAAUGAGGCAAAUGAAAGCGUCCCAGGCUUUAAGAAUUCCCUGUGGACAUCAUAUUGUCAAUGAGUAGGAGUUUUUUUUUUCCUUCUAGUUUAUAACAUCGAAGAGGUUCAAAAUACAGUGUUGUGGGCUACUGCUGUGAAACUGUAGUACUGUCAAAGCUGGAGGGAGGGGGGGCUUUAAUAAUGAUCAAUCCAUCUGUUUUAAUGUGAAUUACAUUUUAAAAGCAGAGGAACAAGGAAUUAUAUGAUUGGAUGAAGUGGGGAGGUUGGGAGAAGAAUAUUUUCAUGUCUAAUUUUUUGUUUAUUUUUGUGGAAAUGCAUCAUUCUGUUUAGGGGUGUUGUGAAUCUGGAGCCUGUUGCAGGAAUAAACCUUGGAUAUGACUUCAAUUACCAUAUAAUUCAAAACUCAAGGUGAAUCAGAGACACUGGUCCACCUACUGACACGUUUUUUGCUUUCCAGUAGAUGCCUCUACACCAUAUUCAAAUAACAGUUAGAAAAUCCACAUACUUUCUGUUUGGCAUCAGACAGAUCCCGCUUGUUAACUGGUAAGAACUAUUUACAGUUUAUAUGCCAAACUGUAAUCAUUACCUGCUGUUGAUUUUUCACGUUUCAUGAUUUGUGCCUUUUCAUUAUACAUUUUUCUCGUCUAUUGUACAUUUUCUAGUUGCAUUUUCGUAUCUGUCCAGCAGGGGUCUCCCAUGCACCUUAUUCUCCUGUCCUGCUCUCCACCGCAGAUAAAUGACACCUCAUUAAUCAAAUCUGCAUGAAUGCGCUCAGGUUGCCAUGGCAAUAAUUAUCAGAGCUGCCUAAUUAACUUUCUCAAUUGCUUAAUGAUAUACGACCCUAUGAACUCCCUCAUUUCUUCUCUCUCUAAUUCGAGCAUGCAUCUUUUUUUUCCCCCCUCAUUCCUUUUCCCUCCCCUCUCUCCGGGUUAACCUAUGACCGCUGUUUUAUUAUACGCAAAGUAAGAACAGAUUGUCAGUCACAGGGAUGCAAGACGAGAUUCAUGUCCUGGCUUUUGUUUUUAUUUCUUUCUUUUUGACUAAUAAAAAGUGGAAAGUUGGACUUCCUCAGCCAUCUUCAGGGUUUUAUCAUGUAAGAGUCCUCAACAAAACUGUGUAUCUCUGUCAUUUGCGUAUAUAUUUCUAGAGAUAAUCAAAAUUCUCUAGUGAAUAGAUGCUUACAAUAAAUACAGUCAUUGAACUUUUCAAGA